UGCCACCAAGCCUCGUAAAAAUUUAAGCAAGUUGAAUUCCAUCCCUAAAAACGCAAACCUCAUUGUGUUUAGGCCCUACGCAUAAAUUUUCAAACUACGUAUACUCUGCCAAUAUGCCGCGAAAAGGUAGUAACUAGUAAUAAAAUAUUGAAUGACAACUAAAGCCUAAACAUGCCUACCUGGAAUCAAAUCCAAUCACAACUUCGUAAUGUUAACAAUCCAGUCGUAUUUUUUGAUAUAUCCGUUGGUACUACGGAAAUUGGUCGUAUGAUAUUUGAAUUAUUUGCUGAUACAGUGCCAAAAACCGCAGAAAACUUUCGACAAUUUUGUACUGGAGAAUGUCAACCUGAUGGUGCAAAUUCUACGCCGCUGACGUCAUCAUUUACGAAUGAUUCGAUAGAAAAUCAUAACAAUGGUGGUGAUGAAGGCGACGACGACGAUGAUGAACAUAAUAACGAGAUUAAUGAUGUAAAUAAUAUUGAUUAUAAUGAUGGAUAA